AGAAGAGUACGGUAAGAGCGUAGAAGAAGAGUGGGGUUGAAGCAGCAUGGCGGCUGACAGUUUGUAAUGAGCCAACGAAAGCGCCAGAGUCCCGCAAGUUUAAUAUAUCGCCUUUGUACGCUGUCUGUGGAUAUAAGCACACCGCCGAAAUGCAGAUCACAUUGAAAACCUUGCAACAGCAGACGUUCAAAAUCGAUAUCGACGAGGACGAGACGGUGACAAGAUUAAAAGAGAGAAUUGAACAAGAGAAGGGCAAAGAUCAUUUUCCUGUUGCCGGACAGAAACUCAUCUAUGCUGGUAAAAUCCUCAGUGAUGAAUCCGUCCUUAAAGAAUACAAAAUUGAUGAGAAGAACUUUGUUGUUGUCAUGGUGACAAAGCCGAAAAAGGCCCCCGCUCCAUCUCAGUCAUCACCGACCGCAUCGACAGCCAGCACGGCGCCUCCUUCAACGCCGUCGUCUGUUUCGCAAGUUCCAGCACAGCGACUUCCAGCGGACGGCCAAGCGGAAGCGAGGCAACCUGCUGCUGCCGCAGCCGCACCCGUCGCUUCUGAACCCAAUCCUCCAUCUAUAGGAAAUUGGGGGACUUCCAACAGCUUGAUGGACGAGGCGGGUUCAAAUGUCGUGACGGGGGCAUCGUACGACGCUAUGGUGACGGAGAUUAUGCUGAUGGGCUACGAGAGGGAGCAGGUGGUGGAGGCACUGAGGGCCAGCUUUAACAACCCGGACCGAGCUGUGGAGUACCUGCUCUCGGGUAUGCCAGGCAGGAACCAAGUCCAGGCUAGAGGGUCGGACAUAGCGUUGAGCGGAGUUCCUGCCGGUCCCACGGGGGACAUUAACAACCCAGACAACAUAGGCGCCUCACAGGGUACAGAUAAUCCGCUGAGUUUCUUAAGGAAUCAGCCUCAGUUUCACAUGAUGCGCCACCUGAUUCAGCAGAAUGCGUCGCUGCUUCCCGCACUGCUGCAAGAAAUAGGAAGGGAGAACCCAGAGUUGCUGCAAGAGAUAAGCACCCACCAGGAGCACUUCAUUCAGAUGCUGAACGAGCCUCUCCCUGAAUCCCCCGUGCCUAUGGAGGAAGACUCCGGGGGUUCCGGAGGGGCGCCGGCCAACUCGCAGAGUGGCAGCAACAUGAGCUACAUCCAGGUCACCCCGCAGGAGAAGGAAGCCAUCGAGAGGUUAAAAGCGUUAGGAUUCCCUGAGGGACUGGUCAUACAAGCUUACUUCGCAUGUGAGAAGAACGAGAACUUGGCCGCCAACUUCCUUUUACAGCAGAAUUUUGAUGACGACUGAGAGAUGAUGUGACUUUUUUUUUUUUGGUUGAUUUUCCUUAAUUCUAAUUGCCGCUAUUGAAAAUAGACAUUUACACCUGCUCCAAAAGAACCAUUUUCACCACAUGGCUCAUUGUUUUGCUUUUUUCUCCCCAAUAAUGACACAACUUUUUUUUUUUCUGUAAAAGAAAAUCCUUCUGGUUUGAAAUGGCCGUAUGAUGUAGACAUUUCGCUUCUCCUAUUUUUUUCAAAUUUUGAAGUUUUGUUGUGUUACUCCAAACAAGCACACAUUCGUUAGCAUGUCAACCAGUCGGAGUUAUGAGUUUUACACUUAUAUUGAUAGACUUGUCAUUUAAUCUGAAAAUAAAUGCCACAUGUUCAACACUGUAUGCACAA